AUGUCGAACCCCAAAGUUUUCUUCGAUAUGACCGUCGGCGGCGCACCAGCCGGAAGGAUCGUGAUGGAGCUUUACGCCGACACCACCCCAGAGACGGCGGAGAAUUUCCGCGCCCUCUGCACCGGCGAGAAGGGAGUCGGAAAGAGCUCCGGAAAGCCGCUCCACUACAAGGGAUCAGCCUUCCACCGUGUGAUCCCGAAAUUCAUGUGCCAGGGAGGAGAUUUCACCGCCGGGAACGGAACCGGAGGAGAGUCGAUCUACGGGAAGAAGUUCAAGGACGAGAACUUCACCAGGAAGCACACCGGUCCGGGUAUUCUCUCCAUGGCGAACGCCGGCGCGAACACGAACGGAUCUCAGUUCUUCAUCUGUACCGAGAAGACCGCGUGGCUCGAUGGCAAGCACGUUGUGUUUGGGCAAGUCGUUGAAGGAAUGGAUGUGGUUAGGAACAUUGAGAAGGUUGGAUCUGACUCUGGAAGGACCUCCAAGCCUGUUGUGAUCGCUGAUUGUGGUCAGCUUUAG